UACAAACACAAGACAGCUGAUAUACAGACGACUCACAGCUGAGAAAAUAUUAUAGUGCCUUUUGGAUCUUUGUUCAAAAUUCAAUAUUAUCAAGGUAGCAUUAUUUCUUAUUCUGUUGUUAGUGUUGAUUUGAGGUUAUUGGAACUGUUGUUGAAUUGUGAUAUUUAAAUUUCCAGCUUUAUCUUCUUUAUCAAUCAAGCUCUACACGUUAUUGAAAGAGCAUAAAUUAUGCUGAUCCCUUUGUUUCCCACUUUGGCUCCUAAAGUUACAGACCCAUUGUGGUUCAACGUUGAUAAGCCAAGAAACGAUGAAACUGAACUAUUUCAUUUGGAACAAGAGCAUUCAUCUUGGCUCGCAAGCCUUGGUCAAAAAGAUUGCGACGUGAUACCUAUUGGGAAAACAGCUUUUGAGAAUCAAGAUGAAGAAGAGGAAGACGAUGAGGAAGAAGACGAUAAUGACGAGACAGAGAGCGACACUCAUGAUGAAGAAGAUGACGAUCUGGACAUGGAAGUCACCUAUGAGAGAGACUCGCCCGAUGUUAGCAUAAGAAUGACCUCGGGUCCAAGGUGAUCCUCCAACUUAAUCACAUGAACCACUAUCAAAAUAAAAUGUACAUUUUGUCGUAUCUUCAAACUGGGCCAUCAAACUCAAGUAGUAUCUAAAAAUAAAAUCUUAAUGCUAUAAAUUCAUGUUUUCAAAGUGUUUCUGAUUGUUAGUAAAAAUUCAUGUAAUAAGAAAGUCAUAUUAAGCAAGUUUGUUGGUUUCUGUAAACAUUGGAAUCGUGUUUCAUACACGGAUAAGUAUUUAGUUAUUUUAAUGCGUAUAAAAUGCUGAAAUACUGUACUGAUAAGAUUCUGUUGAUUUUUUAUAUAAUGAAUUAAACGAUUUUAAAAACUUGAAAAUUAGAA